UAGAUGAACCAAUCGGAGACGAAGCUGAUCUGAAAAUGGAACGAUCUAGAAAUAAUCUGGCGUAGGUAGAAGAAGUUCUGUCCAGUUCGUGUCAAAGAUACCCAACCAGGACUGUCAUCGAACUUCAUACAUAUUCUCCAUCUAAUCAUAUCUAGCUUGUGAAAUUAGUAUGUUCAAUAUGAUCUAUUCCAGAUUCAGUAAUGAUUAACCAUUCUAUUACAUAAAUUAUGCUAUACAUAAGAUAACUCGCGAGCUUGUACAUAAUCAUUUUGAUUUUGAGAUGGUUUUUCAUGUUCUCUUCCGUGGUUCAGUUUUAACAAGGAAUCGUAUCUGUCUAUGUUCCUUCCUCUGUUCACGUUUUAUUGUUUAUUCCCAAAUACGACUCGAAGCGCCCUCUAUCUGUUCGAUGAAAUGAAAAUAGACGGGAAAAUGUAAGUAGUUGACCCAAAUUCUAUCUGAUCAGAGAAAUUGAAAGGAAAUAACCGUUGAUUUAUACGGCAUUAGUCCAUUAUUCCUUAUCGUUUGCAUUUUGCUUCAACUAGCAGAUGCUGCAACCGAACACUACCUAAAUCCAUCUAUGUUUUCUCAUUGGGAUGUCAAUAUCUAUCCCUCUUAACAAAUAUGCAAGAUCUAUAUCCUCUUCGUAGGUGUGACUUGUAAAAUUAUUCUUGAGCCCCUACAGUCAUAAUUCCAAAUAUGCUGAAGUCGUGGCCUAUCGGACGGGUUCUACAAUUGGUUACGCAUAUAAAUGUUUGUCUGGAUAAAUUUUCGUAACUUGCAUUAAUGAUAGUCAGUUCCAUGGAUAGGAGUGAGGCGGGAGUUGUAACUUACUGGGGAGAAAACAAAGUUGUGGCUUUGAAAUCUCCGGAGAUCGUUGUCCACUCUAGUACUUCAGGAAUGUCUCUGAACUCUCAGAAUCAAGGAAACCUAGUUGCUCCAACUAGUCCCUAUUUGAUUCGAUGAUCCUGCAGCGUUGGAUCGGUAUUCUUUAAUCACAUCAAAGAACUAGAGGUUGAAGACUUAUAGCAAUCGCCCUCACCGUAUCAUAAACUGAAGCCAAAGGACACGUAAACGUGGUGAUGACGAAAUGGUGGAGUAAGAGUGAAAUCAGGGCAGUGGAUUUGCAUUUCGUAAUGGAAAAUUUUUAAGAGGUAUAAUUAUUUUACACAUUAUUUUAAUACUUGUUUGGGAUGCUUACAUAUAGUUCUGCCUUUGGGUCACCCAUCUUUCAGCGUCACCCAUUUUGUGUAGCUAAAAACACCAGAAAACCCCAUAUUAGUUCCCACGUACCUUUCACAACCCAUGGUGGAGCCCUCAACCUUCUCCUGUUUAACCCUGCCUGUUUAGUUCUCCCUGUUUUUUAAUUUUCUCUCUUUGCAUGAUUUUAUUGCACAUAUAUGUAAUUAAUAAUUUAGGCAAGAAAGGGAGAGGGCUUUAUAUAAAGGUGGGUGGGGAGUGGGGCUUUUGGGUCAUUACUCAUUACAAGCUUGUGUUGGUAAGACUUUUGCAUUAGUGUGGGAAAUUGCAUUGUUAGCUUGGUAGUGUUGUUGUUUGUGCAAGUGGUAUGGGGAGGCAACCCUGCUGUGACAAACUUGGGGUGAAGAAAGGUCCAUGGACUGCAGAGGAAGACAAGAAGCUCAUCAACUUCAUUUUCACCAAUGGCCAGUGUUGUUGGCGUGCUGUGCCAAAGCUUGCUGGCCUUAGGCGUUGUGGCAAGAGUUGUCGCCUUCGUUGGACUAAUUAUCUUCGCCCAGACUUGAAGAGAGGACUCCUCACACAAGCAGAGGAGCAACUUGUUAUUGAUCUCCAUGCCCGUCUUGGCAACAGGUGGUCCAAAAUUGCUGCCAGGUUACCCGGAAGAACAGACAACGAGAUUAAAAACCAUUGGAACACACAUAUCAAGAAAAAACUCCUGAAAAUGGGUAUUGAUCCCGUUACUCAUGAACCUCUCAUUAAACAAGCAGCAUCUCAGGAUAGUUCACCCUCCCCCUCAGAGCAUUUGCCACAGCCUGAGAAUAACCUCGAUCAGGUGAAAGAAACUGAUGUGGUUCUCAACUCAGAGGAGAAUUCAAGUUCAUCCCAAGCUGAAAAUUCAUCUGGGGAUGAUUCACUUUUGCUAGAUAGUAUUUGCAGUGACGAUUCUCUGUUAAACACCCUGUGGCUGGAUGAAACUCCUCUGAUGGAAGCAUUAUGGGACACAACACCCAAACUAGAGAAUAAUACUAAUAGUAACACGGGUUUGGUACCAUCGUGGGAGGACAACUGUGCUUGGUUAUUGGACUGUCAGGACUUCGGUAUUCAUGAUUUUGGGUUUAACUGUUUCAACGAGAUAGAGUCAAAUGCACUGCAUACCAUAGAAAUGAAGGACGAGGAGCAUUAACUACACGCAUGCAGUAGUAGAUCUGGUGAAGGGAAUUAAUUGUCUACGAAACAAAGAAUCAGGGUAAAAUAUCAAAUCUAUUAAUGUGACCAAAUACCACGGGCUCAAAUUUAUGUUCUUGGUGUUCAACUUUAUCUACCUAGUAUUUUGCUGAAUGUUCUCGGAAGGUGGAAGGUGAACGUCUCCUCUUCUGAGGUUCCUCGCCAACCAAAUCACAAAAUUGAUGGCAAACCAAAACCAAAUCAACAAAAUGCCACAGUACAUACUUACAUGAGCAUUUUCAACUCAGUUGUUUAGAAAAAGAAUCAUCAAUAAAAACAUUAUUUUAAUAUAGAGUACAAACAUGGUUUCUUUAAAAUUGAAAAAAGUUUCUUGGUAACUUUUUUCAGCUUUGAGAAAGCCAUAUUCAUGAAGUUUGAUUAAAAUACUGUUUUUGUUGUGUAAGAAGUUUUCAUUUGAGAUAUGAUGUGUUUAUGUGUAUGAUAGGGACAACACAAAGGGAAAAUGUCCAGUGAGUUGGGAAACAUAUUGUACAAAGAAGUCUACUUUAAAAAUAAUGAUAAAACUUUCUGUGACUACAAGUUCAGUUGUAUUCUUUCAUUUCCCGUUUUCUGUCACAUUAGAAAUAGAUAGAUGGAGGAAAGAGAAGUCAGAUAAGUAAUAGGUAGAGAUUAUUAAUAACCACCACCUUUGGGACAAUGAAUG